AUUGUAGACGCCCUCUCCUUGAUUGGAUAACCUAUCCUCUUGACUCUUGUUGUUUCCUUACCAAAUCCAACCCUCAAAAAACCAAUUCUGCCUGCCUGUCUGAGUUCGGUUUUAAUUUUACUCAGCACGCAUCAGAAUCCAAUCUUACCAUCUGCCAAUCGAAACUCCCAUCUCUUUCCGACCAUGGAUCUCUCCAAAGUUGUCUCCUUUUCCCGGAACUUCGCCGUCUUGGUUAAACUCGAAGGCCCUGACCCAAAGGGAUUGAAGAUGAGGAAACAUGCUUUCCAUCAAUACCAUUCUGGGAGUACAACACUUUCAGCUUCUGGGAUGUUGUUUCCAACAAGUAUCUUGGGUGGUGAAGCUAAGCUUAUGUCUGAAGAUGGUCAGGAGGACAUGGCGCUGGUUUUGACUGUUGCUUCUCUUGUUGAGCCUUUCUUAACUUUGGGACAUAGAACUAGUGUCUCUCAGGAUCCGGUGAAGUUAAUUCCUGGUGCUCGGAUUGAGGUUAUGGUUGAGGGUCAAUUAAACUCGGAGAAGGAAGAUCCUUUUUGGGUCCCUGCGCAGCUUCUUUCCCUGGUUGAUGUCCCUGUAUCUUCUGCUGCACUCAAAUCUCUUAUUGAGACUUCUUUGGGUUCAAAAGAUUCUGGUUGGGAUGUUGGUUGGUCUUUGGUCUCUGGUGACAGUGAUUCUCAGACUUCAACCAGUAUGAAACAUUACAGCAAGCCUUUGAUGCAACGUGAUGAGCCAAAUGAUGCUAUGUUUAUGGCCAAGUCUGCCACUCGAAUGGCUCUUCUAGGAGUCUCUUUAAGCUUACUGGAUCAGCCAAACAUAAAUAUCGCUUCCCCAUGUAGCAAGGGUGAUACACUUGUAACACUUGGCUCUCCUUUUGGAAUCCUUUCACCUCUUCACUUUUUUAACAGCGUAUCAACUGGUUCCAUCUCAAACUGCUACUCUUCUGGAUCGCUAAAGCAUUCACUGAUGAUAGCUGAUGUUCGUUGUCUCCCUGGUAUGGAAGGAGCUCCGGUGUUUGGUAAGAAUGGUCACUUGAUCGGCAUUUUGAUUCGACCGCUAAGGCAAAAGAACAGUGGCGUUGAAGUCCAGCAGCUGGUGGUUCCAUGGGGAGCAAUCACAGCUGCUGCUUGCAGCCACUUGCUGCUGCCAUCUGAUGAAGGCAUAAAAGCAAGUCACCGGGGAAAUGAUAGUACUCUUGUACAAGUGGCUGUUGAGAAAGCGAUGGAAUCAAUUUGUCUCAUCUCUGUCAACGAUGGUGUCUGGGCAUCUGGUGUUAUUCUCAACGAGCAUGGUCUCAUACUAACAAAUGCUCACCUUCUUGAGCCGUGGAGGUUUGGAAAAGGUGGUGUAUAUGGUGAAGGAGGUUUAAGACCGCAUGUCUUAGGAGCUGAGGAGUUUUCUUCCACGAGAAGCUCCAGCAGAUUUUGGGAACAUGAGAGUCAAACACUGCCACGAAAAGCUCCAGCAGAUAUUCAUGUCAAGAAAUACAAACACAAUUUCCUUCAGACUGGGGAUAAAGACAUACGUGUACGGUUGUGUCAACAAGGUUCUUGGACUUGGUGUCCUGCUAAAGUGGUCUAUAUCUGCAAGAAUCAGUUAGACGUUGCCUUACUACAGCUAGAAGAUGUUCCCGGGAAGCUCCAACCUAUUGCUGCCAACUUUGCUUCUCCUCCUUUGGGCACACCGGCACACGUUGUAGGACAUGGACUCUUCGGACCAAGAUGUGGGCUUUCUCCUUCUAUUUGUUCCGGAGUUGUAGCAAAGGUAGUUCACACAAAGAAGAGAUUGUAUACGCAACCCAUCUUCCAAGACACCACAGAGUUCCCCGCAAUGCUAGAAACAACGGCUGCUGUGCAUCCUGGUGGUAGUGGUGGUGCUGUUGUCAAUUCAACUGGCCAUAUGAUUGGACUUGUUACAAGCAACGCAAGACACGGAGCGGGGACAAUUAUACCGCAUCUCAACUUCAGCAUCCCAUGCGCAGUUUUGGCACCAAUCUUCAAGUUCGCAGAAGAUAUGCAAAACAUGGAGAUCCUACAAACACUAGAUCAACCAAACGAAGAGCUCUCAUCGAUAUGGGCUUUGAUGCCAUCGCUGUCACCAAAGCCUAAGCCAAACACUGAGCAUUCUCUACCCAAGUUACUCAAAGAUGGUAAUAACAAACAAAAGAAAGGAUCGCAGUUUGCCAAGUUCAUUGCAGAGACCCAAGAGAUGUUUGUAAAACCGACCAAGCUUUCCCGCGACGUGAUCCCUAGCAAGUUAUGACAAAAUGGUAUUAUUCUCUGCAAGCUUUGCGUCUUCAUUUUCGCCUUUAACUUGUGGAUAAAGAUUACAGUGUGCUGGUAUUGUUUCUGGAUUCCUCUGCUUGUAACAUAUUUAAACACUUAUUACGAUUGCAACUGUUUAUCAAUCUUUCAUACUCUCA